UUGUGGAUUUACAGCAAAAGACAGACAGAACAUUUUUGAGCACAAUUCUCAUAGGCAAAAACGUUCUAAUAGAUGCAGAACAUUCGCUGUACCACAACAAGAAUGCAAGGAAAGAGUGUUUGGAACAUGUAGCAACAAAAGUGGCCAAAGUCUUGCAACGCAUUACCGCUGAUGACUGCAAGGCCAAAUUCUCAACUUUGUGGUCUCACUAUGGCGCUGAACUGAAGAAAACAGGCCAGAGCGAGAGCAUUGGCUCAUCCAGUGCCGUAUACAGGCCAAGAGUCUGGUAGUUUGAUGUUUUACAUUUCCUGAAAGACUUCAUUACACCACGCGAAAGCCGGUGUAACAUUCCGAACAGCGUUAUGCCUCACAACUCUGGUACAGAAAUCCCGAGGACUAGGAAGACGCCUGACAACUCAGUGAUAGAAAUCAUAAUUUUUUAUGAUGAGAGUAGUAAUAUCGAUAGCCCACCAUGUACAUCAAAUAGUGAACGCCCAGAUAUCACAAUUGAUAAUAUGGAUGUGGUGGUAGUUAACAACAGUGCUGAAUUUGAGGUGCCUAGUACUCCAGUGGUUUCUGGUGCAUAUUCCACUACACCAAAAGUUCGGAAGAUGAGAAAGAGUGAUAGUAAUCCCUUACUAAAUACAGUACUGGAGAACUUAAACUCAAAAUUAACCCAAAAGGCAUUAGACCCAUCUCCACAUGAUGCUUUGGGACACUUCAUUGUUGAAGAGUUGUCCAGAAUAAGAAAUCCAAUGACUGUGAGAGACACAAAACAUAAGAUACUGAAAUUUAUCAUGGAAGCUCAAAUAAUGGAUGAUAAUUGUUGAAUUGUAUGCAUUU